UAUGACGUUUUAUUGCGUCGACCAAUCAGUCUGCAACAAAAAGAUGGGCGUGCCUGCUCUACAUAAGGUGCUAACCAUCUCACUAUCCUCCUCUUCCCUAGCUGCUCUGAGACUGAUUGUGCUGCUUGCAAAUACCUACACUUGUUACUGAAACUACUACACUGAUAAGAUGGCUGUGGAUCCUGCAUUCAAGGGAGCUGGCAAACAGAUUGGCCUGGAGAUAUGGAGAAUUGAGAAAAUGACGGUGGUUCCACUGGAGAGAAAGUUCUAUGGCAAGUUCCAUGUUGGAGACUCCUACAUCUGUCUAGAUACCAAGAGAAAGUCAUUUGGUUGGGAGUGGAACAUUCACUUCUGGUUAGGUGCAGAGACUACUAAGGAUGAGGCUGGAGUGGCUGCCUUCAAGACUGUGGAGUUGGAUGACCAUCUUGGAGGGUCUCCUGUGCAACACAGGGAGGUACAGGAACAUGAGAGUGCUCAGUUCCUCACCUACUUCCCUAGUGGCAUUGAGUACCUUCCUGGCGGAGUUGAGACUGGGUUCAAAAAGGUUGAGAAGGACAAAUACGAGCCACGCCUUCUCCAGGUCAAAGGUCGCCGCAAUAUUCGUACUAUGCAAGUACGCCUUGCCUGGGAUGCAAUGAACUGUGGUGAUGUGUUUAUCCUGGACCUGGGUCUCACUAUCUACGUGUGGAAUGGACGUGAAGCUAGUCGAGUCGAGAAAAUCAAAGCUCUUGAUGUAGCCAGGAGGAUCAAGGAUGAAGAGAGAGGGGCUAGGGCCGCCAUCACUGUCAUGGACCAAGAUUCUAUGGACUCUGAGUUCAUCAAGACCAUGAAUGCUAUUGGAGAGGGAGUACCCAAGGACAUCAAGAAGGCAACUGAUGACGUCACCUUUGAGAGAAAGAGCAAGGACAAGCUCAAGCUCUACAAGGUAUCUGACUCCACUGGUAAGCUCGUGGUCACUGACGUUGGCAAGAACCCACUCAAGCGAGAAAUGCUAGACACCAACGAUGCUUUCAUUGUUGAUACUGGAGCCAACGCCAUCUUUGUGUGGUUGGGAAAACUGGCCACCAAACAAGAGAGAGCUGCAGCGUUCAGUAAUGCACGAGACUUCAUCCAAACCAAGGGCUACCAACAAUGGUGCAAUGUGACCACCGUCAAGGAGGGCUGUGAGACACCGCUCUUCAAGCAGAACUUCUCCAACUGGCUCAACAUGGACGAGACCACCACCCUAGUCAAGGCUAAGCGAACACUAGGACCAAUUCCCCCCAAGUUUGACGUGGGUAAGAUGCACCAGAAGGGAAGUCGUGAGUCACAGACGUUGGUGGAUGAUGGGACUGGCACUGUGGAGAUAUGGAGGAUUGAGGACUUCGAGAUGGUACCUCUUGAGAAGGCGCUGUAUGGACAGUUCUUUGGAGGAGACUCUUAUGUCAUUCUGUACACUUACCUGGCCAACAACAAGGAGCAGUACAUCAUCUACUUUUGGCAGGGACAGGAGUCCUCUCAAGAUGAGAAGGCUGCUGCUGCUCUCCACGCUGUCAGUCUGGAUGACAAGUAUGGCGGUGCCCCUGUUCAAGUGAGGGUGGUCCAGAACAAGGAACCGGAUCAUUUCCUCCUCGUGUUCAAGAAGCGUCUUAUCAUCCACUCCGGAGGAAAGGCCAGUGCCUUCAAGAACAGAGCUGCCAAGGACUCCUAUGAUGUUGAUGGAACACGUCUGUUCCACGUCAGAGGCACUAAUGAGCUGGACACACGUGCUGUUCAAGUGGACGAGAAAGCUUGCAAUCUCAACUCCAACGAUUGUUUUGUUCUUGAGACUCCAAAAUGUACCUACGUCUGGUAUGGCAAGGGCUGCAGUGGUGAUGAGCGUCAGCUAGCAGACAGCAUGGUCUCAGUCAUAUCACCAGGACGAGAGCCUAACAAGAUCACUGAGGGGGAAGAGACAGAACACUUCUGGAGCUCCCUGGGGGGUAGUGCAGAGUACGCCACUGGCAAGUGGUUGGCUGAGGUGGUCCCUACAUACCCCCCACGUCUGUUCCAAUGCUCCAAUGCUUCAGGACGCUUCACAGUCGAGGAGAUCUUUGACUUUGCUCAAGAGGAUCUUGUUGAGGAAGAUGUGAUGAUCUUGGACACAUUCUCUGAGGUGUACGUGUGGGUGGGGCGUGGCUCUAACCAAGUCGAGAAGAAAGAGGCUCUCAAGUCAGCCAAGGAGUACAUCACCACAGACCCCUCCGGCCGUGACAUCGACUCCACCAGUCUAGUACAAGUGAAGCAAGGCUUUGAGCCCCCCACCUUCCGUUGUCAUUACCUUGGCUGGAACCCAAGUCUCUGGGAGAAGGAUGAUUCUUAUGAGAGCUAUCGCAAACAAGUAACAGCAGGUGUGACUAGUGUAGCAUCAGAGCUGAGCAAGUACGACCUCAACAAGAAGUACCCGUAUGAUCAGCUCAAGGCUGGCAACCCUGAGGGCGUUGACCCAUCCAACAAAGAGGUACAUCUCACUGAGGAAGAAUUCAAGGAGGUGUUCAAGAUCACCACACAAGAGUUUAGGGUCAUGCCAAAGUGGAAGCAAAACGACCUCAAGAGGAAAGUGGGACUCUACUAACUCAACAAGGACAUUCUUAGAGACUACUAUUAGAUUUCCCUAGAACACUAAUUUUGUAUGAGUUGUAUUUGUGUGCAGUAGAGUAAAAACAAAAAUGUUUAUGUUACAAUUUGAA